AAAACCACAAAGUCACAAACCAUCCUCAACACUGAUGAACCGCAGCAACGCAAGCAAAAGCUUCUCUCGUCAAUGGAAGAAGAAACAUCAAAGCUACCGUUACCAGACGCUUUCCUUGACUUUCUACAAACAAAUGGGAUUGACCCAUUAAUUUAUACAGCCACUGAAUCCACCCCACGUUAUAUAAGGUUAAAGCCUGGAAGUGAAGCUUAUUUGGAAGAGAUAGAAGCUGAAAUUAAGUGUAGGCUUCAGAAAGUGAAUUGGCUACCUGGGUUUUAUUCACUUCCUCCUCAUAUUCAAAUUGCUAACUCUAAGCCAUAUAAAGAAGGCAAGAUAUACGGGAUUGAUGCUGCUUCUGGGGCUGCUGUUUUGGCUAUGGAUAUUUCAGUGGGAGAUCAUGUUCUAGACCUAUGUUGUGCUCCUGGUGCUAAGCUUUGCAUGAUAUCAGACCUUCUUGGUGAUUCGGGUUCUGUAACUGGUGUUGAUGUUGCUAGGCACCGGCUAGCUGCUUGUAGAACAAUGCUACAAAAAUAUGUAUUAGGUGAUGCAUGCCGACUUUUUGUUGCUGAUGGAACAACAUUUUCCCUCAUGCCCGUGAGGGAUCAUUUGGAUUCUAUAUCAUGUGAAUUUGCAUUGGAAGAAAAGAAAGACACUUUUAGGGAGUGGACUUCUAGGAGAUCGUGGAAAGAAAGGAAAAGAGCAGCCAGAGCAAGGGAAAAUGCUGCUUCAAGAUUGGUUUCAGAAACUGAUCAUCCUGAACUUAUUUUUUAUGGGAAGGCUUCUGGGGUGGUUGGGCUUAGCAAAGAUGAAUUAUAUCGAACUGUGAGUAGCAGUGAAGUUUCAAGCUCUGGCUAUGACAAGGUCCUUGUUGAUGCAGAAUGUACCCAUGAUGGAUCAAUUAGACAUAUCCAAAAAUUUGAGCAUUGGGGAUGGGAAACUCUAAAUGGGCGUGUACUGAAUGCAGAGAGAUCUGAUAACUUGACCACUCUUCAGUUAAAACUUCUAAUAAAUGGUUUUAGGCUAUUAAGAGUUGGGGGUUCACUGGUCUACAGCACUUGCAGUUUGACAGUUUCCCAGAAUGAAAAUGUGGUCGAGUGGUUUCUCAAAGAAAACUCUUCUGCUGCAUUGCAGGAGAUAGAUGCUGCCAAAGACUGGCCAUGCAAGAGUGGACAGAUACCCAAGACCUUGCGCUUUGAUCCAGUGACAUCAAAAACUAGUGGACUUUUUGUAGCGAAGUUCACAAAACUGGCUGUUUAGUCAAGAACAUGACCUGAAAAUGCCAAUAAAUUCAAGGUUAGUAGUUUCAUGGUCAAUGAAUAUGCUGUUUCUAGUUAUACUGAGUUCUCUCGGUAAAUCAUUGCCUUUAGCGGCACAAGGAAGAACUUUCAAUUUGUUGUGAUGCAGAAUUUAGUUUGAUGUCAUCUUUGGGAAAAUACUGGUUUUCAGGCAAAAUUCAAUUACGAAACAAAUUGCGUAGUGAAGUAUGCUAUCAAAGGCCAAAAGUGGCAACAUAUUAUUUAUUUGGUGGCGGUUCAUGCUGCUUAGUUACUUCUCCAUCAAGCAGGCAUGAGGAACCCCACAAGGCUGAACAUUCUUUGUCAAACGAGUGGACCUUCUCCAGAUUUAAAUUAGAUUGCACUGCUGAGACAAACAAAGAGUUGAACAUUGUAUAAGGUAUUGUGUUUUAUAAAUGAAUUUAAAGACCAAUGCCGAUUUCAUCCCCUUCAAUCACUGUCUUUGUUGUUUCCUCCGAUUAGCAGGAUUUUCACAAGAACUGCCUCCUGUAAUGCCCAUCCACCGGAUUUGUAUAAUUUUCCGUUUGCCUAUUCUUUUCAAGUUCAAGAAAACAAUGUCACUUAAUUUUUUUUGAAAAAAGAAGUUUGGACAA